AUGACUUGGAACCCAGACUCAAACAAUAAGGUAGAGCAAGUCAACAUCAAUGAGACUGUCGCAUCUCUCAACAAAAGUUCCAAAGGUGUUGCAGGUGUCGGGGAUAAGUUCAGAUCAUCUGACGGAACCACAUAUGGAGAGUUGGCAUUCCCUGAAGUAGCACCGCUCGUGUUUCCAACUUUGGACGAGCUGGCGGCCCAGACUGGACCCGAUGCAGCAAAGAAGAAGAGCAAUGUGGCGAAGGGCAUGACCUUUGUCGCAAAUUAUUGGGACAAGAGAGCUACAGCAGAAUAUGUGAGUAUCGUGACUUUAUUUCUGUUUACCUCCAACUGA